AUGUCGGACGACGAGAAUGUCUCAAUAUACGACGAGAUCGAGAUCGAGGACAUGACCUUUGACGAGGCUCAGCAACUCUACCACUACCCGUGUCCGUGCGGCGAUCGCUUCCAAAUCGCCCUCGAUGAUCUCCGUGACGAGCAGGACAUUGCCGUCUGCCCCAGCUGCAGCCUGAUGAUUCGCGUCAUCUUUGAUCUCGAUGAUUUGCCCAAACCGCCGCCGCCGGCCAACUCGGACGGCCAGGCCAUCGCCGUCUAG